UUUGAGAAGUUUGACUCAUCUAAGAAAUGGUAUUUGUCAACUGGUAAGUGUGUUGACGAUGAGCUGUUUUUAUCUGGCUUACAAUGCAAUUACGAUCAUCCUGCUAGAUCGCUUAUGAUGGAUCCUGAUGACAAGAACUUUCUUUUGUACAAUGUGUUUACACAUGCAGAAUUAAAAGAAAUUGCUGAAUACAAGGAGCAAAAGCUAUUGAAGAAUAACAAUACUUUCAGUAAGGCGUUUGACCCAGAGGAAGAUUGGGUCAUUUAUACGGUUUAUUCCCUACUUCGCGAAUAUGAAAGUGGUAAUCUGGAUUGCAAGCACAAAGAAGCAUGGUACCAGAGCCAUAGCUGGAGUAUGAUUGAAACUUGUUUCGAUACAGUGAAGGGGUUGGAAGCUGUGAUUAGAAAGCCUCAUAGCUUUGCCAUAAGAAAGAGAAAGAGUAAGGACAGAGCAAUAAGUUCGUUGCAGGCUACGCCUAGAAUGACAUAUGGUCACCGUUACGAUCUCGUAUUUAGGAUGUAUGAUGUUGGCCAUUCCGUUCCUUACGAGUUUGGAGCAAGUGAGGCAGGAGCAAAGGAUGAAGAUACUGUAGGAACCAAGUUCAUAAACGAAGGUUUCUACAAAUUACCACGUGUUCUCAGGAAUAUGCUAGAUUGCCUGUUGGAGAGAGUAAAUUUUGAUCAAAGAUCAACUUCUGUUAGAACUGUGGGCUUCUUACAUGCUGGACUUGCUGCAAGAUUGUCAAACAAGUAUUGA